AUGUCUCCCGCCGACGCUGGCGCGAAAGGCUUCACCAUCCGACAAGACUUCUGGGGCGUGCCCGACCACCCGCGGCUGGACGGGAAACGCCUCCAAGACCUCCUCUACCCGGAGAAACUGCGCACCGCCAAAGACCGAAAGGCGGCCACCGAGGACGCGGCUCGCCUCUUCAAGAAGCCCUUCUUCGCCGCGCAGCUGCGCUACUACGGAAUCCCCUUUUCGUCUUCCGGGCCCGUGGCGCGCUGCGAUGCCUCUUGGAGGAUGCCGUGGCGCGUGGCAAGCGUGGGAAAAAGAAUACAAGGUCUCGAACAAGUCCAAAAGGCACCGGCGAGUAAGAAGGCGGCGGGCCCCAAGACCACGGCGCCAGCCAAGGAAAAGGCGCCGGCAAAACGGAAGCGGCAGAGCAGUGUGGACGAGGGGAAAAGUAACAAAAAGGUCCUGGCGGAUACGCCGCGGGCUCGGCAGACGGCGCGGAAAAGCGCCUCGCUGGGUGGCAGCGAUAACGAUAAGAAGCGUCUUGCCGGCUCGGGGCACGCCAAGCAGACGGCGAGGAAGAGCGCGGGUGGUUCAAGGACGUUUGGUACGUCGGCACGGCAGGGCGUUGAAUCUCGGGACCCGUCGUGCGUGGGCUCGUACCAGGUCACCUGCAAGGCGGUGUCGGAAGAGUGGGAUUACUCCAACUUUUCCAUCGACAUUUGGCCCGGCUCGAACCGGACCACUACGUGGCGGACGUCUAUCUGGUCGGUGGCUAAAAGCUACGAUGGUAAUGGGAGGCAUAUACCCAAAGCGUCGUCCUCGACGGCCAACGAUAACAAGCCCCUUCGUUACUCGCUUGCUCUCCGGGGGCGGGAGACGGGUACGGGCGAGAUCUACUCGGACCCGGAGUACGGCCACAUCAAGUUUACGGAUAACACGUUUACUCAAUUUACCGGCACGGUGGACCUGCCGGUGGCGGGCGUCACAGCCAAGAUGGUGGGCUUCCAGAGUUUAUCGGCACCGAUGCGGUCUGCGAGUGAAUGGGAUGCGUUCUCCGAUGAGGCAGCAGAGGGGGCGCUCACAGUGGAGUUGCGAUACAUUACGGGGCCCAAGAUUUAUAGUAGAAUCAAGAAUUGA